UUGUCCGCCCCUUAAUCCGGUUGGCUCAGAGACUGCCCGCAGGCCAAUUUGUAAGUGGUUUGCGGAGCUGCCAAUCAAAGCAGACAUCCUCUCCUCAGGCUGUGGCCACGAACAUCUCAGUUGCUGCGUGGAGAGAUUUGACGGAGGGGCACUCCUGUGCAUGGACCAUCACUGUUCUGCAAUCCGCCGCCUGCUCAGCGUUUUUUGUUUUUGCAUGUCAGGAGAGGAGGAACUCGUCGCCGGGUCCGCGGCUGUUUGUCUUUUCGUAUCGCUUCUCCCCUCCGAUGUCACUCUAAUUAACCGGAGGCAUGUGGAAUCGCACCGGGAUUAACGUUAGGAAUUGCUUGCCAAUAUUGUGCCUCCUGUUAGCGUUAUGGACAGAGGUGUCCCAGUCAACCGGCUAUUUCGAGCUGCAGCUGAUCUCCGUGGAGAAUCUGAAUGGCGAGUUGGCGGACGGGGAAUGCUGCGACGGCACCAGGAACUCCCAGGACCUCCGCUGCACUCAAGACGAGUGUGACACUUACUUUAAAAUCUGCCUGAAGGAGUACCAGAUGGAGGUCACCACCAACGGCCCUUGCACGUUCGGAGCUGGAUCUACUGAAGUUCUUGGUGGAAAUAUGUUUUCUAUUACAAACGCAAAGAUGAACCCAAAUAAGAUUUUGAUCCCCUUCCAGUUCGCCUGGCCGCGGACAUUCACCUUGAUUUUAGAGGCCUGGGACUGGGACAACGGCACACGAAACAUUGAUGAGGAGCUGCUUAUCGAACGCAGCAUUCACACUGGAAUGAUCAAUCCCGGCGACCCCUGGCAGACCAUCCCGUACGACGGGCCGGUGGCUCGCCUCGUCUAUCGUAUCAGAGUGCGGUGCGAUGACAACUACUAUGGCAACAAGUGCAAUAAGCUGUGUGUACCACGUGAUGACUACUUUGGCCAUUAUCGCUGCGAGCCUUCAGGGGCCCAGGUGUGCCUGGAUGGCUGGAUGGGCUCCGACUGUAGGACAGCGAUCUGCAAGCAAGGGUGCAACCUGUUACAUGGCAGCUGCUCUGUCCCAGGGGAAUGCAAGUGUAGCUAUGGCUGGCAGGGACAAUUCUGUGACGAAUGUGUGCUUUACCCCGGAUGCGUCCAUGGGACCUGCAACAUCCAGUGGCAGUGCAACUGCGAGAGGAACUGGGGCGGACUGCUGUGUGAUAAAGAUCUAAAUUACUGCGGUCGCCACCAGCCCUGUGUCAACGGAGGAACUUGCAUGAACACCGAACCAGAUGAGUACUACUGUGCCUGUCCACAGGGAUACUCCGGCAAGACCUGUCAGAUAGCCGAGCACGCCUGUGUUUCCAAUCCUUGCGCCAACGAUGGUACAUGCCACGAGGUUCCCACAGGUUUUGAGUGCCUGUGUCCGCCAGGCUGGGAGGGUCUGACCUGUGCCAACAAUUUGGACGAGUGUGCCUCCAGUCCAUGUGCUCAGGGUGGAACAUGCAUCGACCUGGAGGACGGCUUCAAGUGUGUGUGCCCUCCGCAGUGGGAGGGAAAGACAUGCCAGAUAGAUAUCAACGGCUGCAAUGGUCAGUGCCGGAAUGGCGCAACAUGCAAGGAGGGCCCGAGGGGUUACCACUGCCAGUGCCCUCCAGGUUUUGUCGGCACUCACUGUGAAAUCCAGAGGAAUAAGUGUGACAGCAGACCAUGCCAGAACGGCGGCCGGUGCCACGCCGUGUUGGACGGCUUUGUGUGUCAGUGCCCACCACAGUUUGCUGGACAGCUGUGUGAGGUGAGUCUCGUGUUCCACAGUCCACGAUGUUGUGAUCCAAACUGUGUGGAACGGGCAUAGUGCCACAGCAUGAAGGACUUCUACUGCGCGUGUGCCGAAGGCUACGAGGGAAAGACAUGUGAACGGCUUAAGGAGAACUGCCAAACCACCCCCUGUCAAGCGAUUGACAGCUGCACUGUUGCUGUAGCGACCAACGACUCAGGAGUGCGGCACAUCUCUUCCAACGUCUGUGGUCCACGAGGACGCUGCAUCAGUCAGCCAGCGGGCAACUUCACCUGCAUGUGUGAUCCAGGUUUCAGCGGCAUCUACUGUCAUGAAAAUAUUAACGACUGCAUCAACAACCCCUGUGGAAACGGAGGGACCUGCAUUGACGGAGUGAACUCCUUUCAGUGCUUCUGUGCUGACGGCUGGGAGGGUCGACUCUGUGACAUCAAUGUCAACGAGUGCACACACAAUCCGUGUAAGAAUGGCGGACGCUGCGUCGACCUGGUGAACGACUUCUACUGCGAGUGCGCCAACAACUGGAAGGGCAAGACCUGCCAUUCACGCGAGAGGCAGUGUGACGCAACCACCUGCAGUAACGGAGGCACUUGCUCCGACCACGGGGAUGCCUUCCGCUGUGCGUGUCCACCUGGUUGGGGAGGGAACACAUGCAACACAGCCAAGAACAGCACAUGCGCCUCCAGUCCUUGUUCCAACGGUGGAACCUGUGUGGGAGGAGGAGACACCUUCACCUGUAUCUGCAAAGAGGGCUGGGAGGGCCCCACCUGUGGCCAAAAUAUAAAUGACUGCAACCCUCAUCCAUGUUACAAUGGCGGUAUCUGUGUCGAUGGAGUCAACUGGUUUCGCUGUGAGUGCGCUCCCGGUUUCGCCGGACCCGACUGCAGAAUCAACAUAAACGAGUGCCAGUCUUCACCAUGUGCCUAUGGCGCCACCUGUGUUGAUGAGAUCAAUGGUUUCCGUUGCAUCUGUCCGCUUGGAAGAUCAGGAGCCCGAUGCCAAGAGUUUAUAGGUAUUGGAAAGAUUUGCCACUAUGCUGGGCUGCAGUUUCCCCAUGGCAGCCGCUGGGAGGAAGAGUGCAACAGCUGCCAUUGCAUCAAUGGCAAAGUGGAUUGUACAAAGGUGCUGUGUGGUCGUCGUCCCUGCCGGCUCCAGUCUUCAGGCCAUGACCCGAGACAGCAGUCCUGCCCGACUGGACAAGAGUGUCUGGAGCACAGUUACCUCACCUGCUUCAACCCCCCUUGCCAUCAGUGGGGGGUUUGUUCCAUGGCUAGACCCUCACCUCCACAAGCAACUACCAAAUGCCAGCCAAACACUGGGCAUUUGGACAACAGCUGUGGCCGCAUAACACUCGUUUUCAACAGAGACAAAGUACCACCUGGAACAACAGUGGAGAACAUCUGCUAUGAACUGAGGUAUCUUCCUGACACCCGAAGCUUGGCAAAAGAACACGUCCUUCUCCUGCUGUGUGACCUCUCUCAUUCAAAUCAAGAUGCUGUAGAGGUGGCUAUAUCUUUCCAGCCAGAGGAUCUACCAGACCACAGUCUAAUCCAGGAGGCAGCCAGUGCCAUAGUGGGCAGCUUGUCCAAGCCACAUAACAGCUCCAUAAUGCUGGCAGUCAUUGAGGUCAAAGUGGAAACACAGGUCAUGCCCCAGUCAGUGGAUUACCUGGUGCCUCUACUUUGUGUGGUUUUCUGCUUGCUCUGCCUCUUCUGCACCAUCGUAUGUGUUUGGUGGACACGCAAACGGAGAAAAGAGCGUGAGAGGAACGCACGAUCAGCAGACGACGACAACGUGAACAACCAGUGGCAGCCACUUCGGCCAGUCGUGGGACGUCAGCAGCAGCAGCAGCUGAAAGAAAGCAACAGGGACGCCGAGCAGGAGCGCAAAAAGCUCAUGGGCCCCUCCUAUCGGACGUGUGAUGAAGGGGAGGAGGAGGAGGAGGAGGAGGAGGAGGAGGAGGAGACGGAAGGCGAGCUUGAGCUCGAAGAGGAGUGUGGUGGAGCGGAGGCAGGAAAGCAGCCGGUUUAUAAGUACUCUAAAACUGCAAUGCAGUCCAGUGGGGGAGUGAUCUGUACCAUGCACAGCUCCAGUUCACCCCUUAAAGCGCCCCACCGGACCAGCUACAGCCCCAAAGACAACCGCUGGAAAAAUGUCAGUGCUGUCUUGACUAGUCAAAAAGACCUCAGAGACCAUUGUGUAUAGGAAAUUUAAACAAAGUACUCGCAAUGUGGAAUGAUAGAAACUGCAAGGCAGUAGACUAUUCUUAUUUUUUGAUUACCUUUGAAAAGAAAAAGAGGCUUUGUGUUUUAUUAAGCCGUUCUUUGUUUUCAUGUUUUUGUCACUGUCACCUGAAAUAAUUUUUUAUUCCCGAGGCUAAAGUACAGUGAACAUCCUUAUUUUUUUUUUCUUCUGUUCACUUUUUUUCUUUAAUUAUGUACAGAAGAGCUGAAAUGUAACAAUUUUUCAGGGGGCAAAAGAAGCUCUUUGCAAUUUUUGUUUAUGGAAUUGUACCAUUUAAAAAAACAAUGAAUCAUCGAAAGGAGAAAAAACAAAAACCUGUAUAAAGAUUUACUUGUUUACAGAUGAUUAUGAUUUUGUUGAAUUGUCAGCGGGGUCCUGUUCAGUGUCUGUAGGGGAGCAGAUACACAUUAAAGGGACAGUAAAGGAAGGGUUUUGAGGGAAAUGGCCUGUUGCAGCCACAGUUGCUCUGUCUCUUUCCAGUUUUGCCCACUGAUCCACCUGUGGCCGUCAUGCGCCAGCCUUACCAAAACACUUGGCCUGGAGGGGAGAGGGGACAGAAACCCCAGUGCCUACUAUGUGGCCUUCCAUUUUUUUCUCCUGUCUCUCAGUUGUCUUGGCUGAAAGCUCUGUUUGAGGAUUUUUUGCAGUAUUUGAGUUGGUAGCAAGUGCCUUUCUAAGAGCCGUGUCGAGGCUCCAAGUCGCGCUGCCCAGUUUGACCUCCGUGUUCUCAAAUCUCAAAGGGAUAUAAGUGUACAUCUAGAGUUCAAUUUCACAGCAACACCAUUCAAGGUAUUUGAUCAAAACAGAAAUGAAUACUCUGUAUAUAUGUGUAAAUACUAAAGGAGUCGCUGUGUAUAUUUGAAAUAAGUAACUUAAAGACAAGUCACACAUUUUUAUUAUUAUUAUUAUUAUGAUUUAAUUUUAUUAUUAUUAUUUUUUACAACGCCAUUCAUUUUAUUUAUGCCAGUUGAAUUAGGCAUGUUUUAUGACACUUCAUAUCCAAAGUCCCACGGUUAAGAACUUUUACAAUGAGGUACCAUCUAUGAAGGAAUUUCUGAAGGGUUUAUAAAUUGUUAGUAAUGAGGACGCAUUUCUUUUUUUGUGACUGACUGUCACAUCAACAGUUGUGGCUAUCUCUUUAUGGCAAAUCAGUGAUACCUUUAAUUACCAUAAAAUAACUGGCUAAAAGAUAGAAAGCUACUUUCAUUUACAAUUUAAUAAUAAAACUAUUUUUUUCUGGCUAUAUGUGGUACAACAAUACUAAAUUUGGUCUCAGGCUUCAGCUACCUUUUGCACUGUAAUUCUUCUACCAGCAUGGCAAUAUUAACCAAUUAGUCUAUGUCAACAGUUGUUUGACGGCAAGCAUUAUGGAUAGUUUUUGGAUGCAAAAAAAUCCAAAUUCUUUAGCACUUAAUUUUCUCUAUUAAAAAAAAAACUGAGGAAAACCUGUAUUAGCUAAAUGUAUAACUGAUUAAUCCGUGUUCUUAUUAUUUCAUAAUUGCAUCGUGAAACCGAUUUUUAAUAUAGUCAUAAAGGGGAAGUCAAAAAUGUAUCAAAUGGGGCAGGAUAGUUCUGUCACACUGCUAUUUAGAGACUGACAGUUGCCAGUAUGGCCACUCCUCAAUCCUUGAUGUACCAGUAGGUGUUUUGCAGUAGGUCCGUUUUUAUUUACUCUAUUAGAGGUAUCACUGAUUUUGGUUGUUUAUUCAGGAUUUGGUUAACAAGAAAAUUCACCAGUAGCUUUUCGCAGGCAGUGUUGCAAAGCUGCCAACAUUAUAGCCUUAAAAAGUUCUCAAAUCAUUUCUAAACCCAUCACAAACCCUUUUCUUUCAGGUGCCUUAAUGUAAUGAGUAAUGCAUUAUAUUUGUAUCAUCUUUUUAUGUUGGUUUGUUUUCAAUAUUAAGGAAAGUAACUUUAAAACAUUGUGUGUUGUAUAGUGGCGUGUUUUAUUCGCCUGAGUAAAGUGCUCUCCUUGUCUCACUUUGCUGUCAUGGAGAUUUCUUGAAUAAAACACUUAAUGGAGGAUUUGAGAGAGAGAAAAAAAAAAAGUCCACUACGACUCUUUUGAGUGUCAUGAAUGUGGAUGUCAGUCGGUCAAAUGUGGACAUGCAUUAGCUUCGUGUUUGGUUAAAAGGCUUUAAUGAAGGGAACAAUAUUUGCAGUUGCAAAUGUUUUGCUACCAUGCAGGUGUGUUUUUUGUAGUUACCAACUCAGUUCAAAAUGACCCCUUUUUCAUAUCAUGUCAUUGUCUCAAAACUGCAUCGUAUUUUCUGUAAAUGGGACACAGCAAAAUAUAGAAUUAAAGAUGCAUCACUGCUGGUGUUAAAAGAUGAAUAUGCAUAUUGUAUACAUUUUAUUCUACAAGUGACAGUUCGUUUUAUACAAAGUUUUCCAUUCUUUUAGUGGAUGUUUCACUGUUCUAAUUAAUCAUCCCAGUUAUUUAUUAAAGCCGUUUUGUUCAA